GAAUCAAAUUCAGGAAAUGAUAAAUAAUCGUCAAGAUUUAUUUUCAACAUUUACCUUGUUUCCUAUUAACAUUUUGUAGAAAAAAAAAUUUAAUCUUAUUUUGAAAUGAUCCGUUAAAUUGUUUUUGAAGGUGUUUUUUUUCAUUGUUUUGCUUCGUUGUAUAUAUGACGAUAAAUUUCGAAAACAAAAAUUUCCCAAAUAGAAACAGAGAUUAUUCAUCUUUACAUUGUGAUUUUCAAUACAUGAUUCAUCAUUCAUCAACAAAUCAUCAUGGGUAACGUUUUACAAAGUAUUUAUCCUCGAAAACAUUCGAUAAAAUCAAAAAAAUCCAACAGUUCUGUUAUUAACAAUGAAAACAAUAAUCACAAUCAUCAUUAUAGCCAAAGAAAUGAAAAUUUUGUAAAAUUAUUCCGUUCAUCAAGUAAAAAAUCGAAAAAAGAAUGCAUUGAUUCAUGCAAAGUUUCAUCAAAUAAUAAUCAUGAUGAUCAACAAAAUGAUGCUACCGUUGAACAGAAUCAGAAUAAUAUGAUCUUGGAGUCAAAAAAUGAUGAAAAUAAAGGUGAUAACUAUUGUAAAGAUAAAUCACCAUUUCAACGUGAUUUCUAUCCACAACCACAUGAAAUAUUAGUACCAUUGGAAAAGUAUCGUCCACGUCGUUCAAAUAUACGACGUUCGGCACGAUUACAUCCAAACAAAACCAAUUUCGUUAGUGAAUUCCAUGUUGAUGAUAUUGCAUCAAUUACUUAUGAUGAAGAAAAAAUUGUAAAUCCAUCGGAACCAGAUUAUGAACAAGAAUUAUCUGCUAAUAAUCAAAAUAAUGAACAAAUUGAAGACGAAGAAGAUAUAAGUAAAUUGGAUGAUUUGGAUCCAAGUGAACGAACAAAAGUAGCUCGUACAAAGAUAUCUGAACUUCUUCGCCGACAACAACAGAAGCAGCAACAACAACCAUCAUUAUUACCAGUAAAUAAUCAAAGAAAAUAUAAAAGUGUCUUUGAACCUAGUCUCGAUUAUUAUAAAUCAUCAUCAAACAACAAUAUUCAAUCAGAUUUACCAGAAAAAAAUGAAAUCGAACAAGAUGAAACAUCAUCACAAACAAAUGAAGAAUCUCAAGAAGAUAUUAUACGUCGGCCAAAAAAAACAAUGAUUGCUGCCCAUGGUAAUGCAUUGCUUAUUGAUGAACUUAAAAAACGUCAAUCACAUUUUUAUGAAUCACGUGAACCACAUCAUCAUCAUCAUCAUCAUCAUAUGAUAAAUUCACUAGCUCCAGUUCAAUAACAAAAAAAACUUUCGAAUUUUCGUUGCAUAUAUAUCCAUAAAUAAUUGUUCCAUUCUAAUCAUCCAAUAUAUCUUUUUGUUGCUGUUGUAAAUAUUUUUAAUGUUGGAAAAUGUUUUAACACUUCAAUUUAUAAUCAGAAUUAAAAAAUUCGUGUUUUGAUAAUAAUGAAAAUUUAA